GACUUAAAACUGAAUAACCUAUUUAAAGAGGGCGUGGUCUACGCCUGCGGUCGGGGUCCAGAACGCAGGCAGGGCCUUGCCGGGAGGGGUCUGAGCCAAGCACAUAUCCGGUCAGGUGGGAAGGAUUCAGCGCCUACGGCCCCCACGUUGGGAGGAGGCACUGGGCACUUCCGUGCUAGACUGUGCGUAUUUCCGGCCAAGAUGGCGGCGCCCAGCCGAGACAGGUGCGGGCCCAUCUGACUUAGGCUGCGGCAGCGACUUGAAACCCCGGGAGCAGACCCUCCCAGGAGUCGACCGGUCAGGACGCCAGAGCUGCCUCAGCGGUGACACCUCCUCCCCAACACUUUCUUCCUUUCCUCUUCACAAACGGCCCAUGGCGAACCAAAGCUCAGGGGGCAGCCGCCUCCCCCUGGCUCUGCCCCCGGCCUCCCAGAGUGGCUCUACAGGGGCCGACGGCUCCUCGGCCGGAGGCUCGGGCAAUCCUCCGCCCCCGCGUAACCUCCAAGGUCUGCUGCAGAUGGCCAUCACGGCGGGCUCUCAGGAGCCAGACCCCCCUCCAGAACCUAUGAGCGAGGAGAGGCGGCAGUGGCUGCAGGAAGCCAUGUCUGCUGCCUUCCGGGGCCAGCGGGAGGAGGUGGAGCAGAUGAAGAGCUGCCUCCGUGUGCUGUCCCAGCCCAUGCCCCCUGCAGCUGGCGAGGCCGAUCUGGCAGCUGACCAGCAAGAGCGCGAGGGGGCCUUGGAGCUGUUGGCUGACCUGUGUGAGAACAUGGACAAUGCUGCCGACUUCUGCCAGCUGUCGGGCAUGCACCUGUUGGUGGGCCGGUACCUGGAGGCAGGUGCCGCGGGGCUGCGGUGGCGGGCGGCGCAGCUGAUCGGCACAUGCAGCCAGAACGUGGCAGCCAUCCAGGAGCAGGUACUGGGGCUCGGGGUGCUGCGCAAACUACUACGGCUGCUUGACCGCGAUGCCUGCGAAACGGUGCGAGUCAAGGCCCUCUUCGCCAUUUCCUGCCUGGUCCGGGAGCAGGAGGCAGGGCUGCUGCAGUUCCUACGCUUGGACGGCUUCUCGGUGCUGAUGCGGGCCAUGCAGCAGCAGGUGCAGAAGCUCAAGGUCAAGUCAGCGUUCCUGCUGCAGAACCUGCUGGUGGGCCACCCUGAGCACAAAGGGACCCUGUGCUCCAUGGGGAUGGUCCAGCAGCUGGUGGCCCUCAUCCGGACAGAACACAGCCCCUUCCACGAGCAUGUGCUCGGAGCCCUCUGCAGCCUGGUGACGGACUUCCCCCAGGGGGUGCGGGAGUGCCGUGAGCCACAGCUAGGCCUGGAGGAGUUGUUGCGCCACCGCUGCCAGCUGCUGCAGCAGCAUGAGGAGUACCAGGAGGAGCUGGAGUUCUGUGAAAAGCUGUUACAGACCUGUUUCUCCACCCCCACGGACGACAGCAUGGACCGGUGAAGCUGGGGUGGCUCCUUGCCCCCUUCUCUGGGAACCCUGGGCCCCCUGCCUCCCUCCCCACUCACAGAGCUCUCCUGAGGGAGGACAGAGCCUUGCUGGGGCCUGGGUCCAGGGUGCCAGCCUAUCUCUGCUGAGCCCCCUGGAGCAGGCACUGAGAAAGGUGAUGGCCCCCCUCAGACCCCACCUCUCACUCUAUCGUUCUCUCCCCCACCUCUCACAUCCACACUACUCUUCCAAUAAAGCUAUUUCUCCUGCUCCUUCACUUUCGCCUUUGUUGCCUCCUCUGGAGGGUACACGGGGCGAGGGUGACAGGAGGUGAGGGGACUAUCUUGAGGGACUUGGGAGAGCCCCUGAGAGGAAGGUGGCUGGUGGGGACUUGGGCAGAAUAAAAGCAUUUGUGUUUCUGA